AUCCAGCAAUGGGAACAGAACCUGGAAAAAUUUAACAUGGACCUUUUCCGAAUGCGAUGUUACCUAGCUAGUUUGCAGGGUGGGGAGCUCCCAAACCCAAAGAGCCUUUUGGCUGCUGCCAGUCGUCCUUCAAAAUUGGCACUGGGGCGGCUCGGCAUUUUCUCUGUCUCAUCCUUCCACGCACUGAUCUGCUCCAGGGAUGAAGCUGCUCUCAGGAAACGUACCCUAUCUCUGUCACAAAGAGUCCGAAAUAAGAAGGGUUUAUUUUCUUCACUAAAAGGACUGGAUACGUUGGCAAGAAAAGGAAAAGAAAAGCGACCUUCCAUCACUCAGCAAGUCGAUGACUUUUUAAAUGUCUACUGCUCAGUGCCAGAGAGCAUCCAGAAGGAGGGUGCUUGGGAAGCACAGACUUAUGUCCAUUUCUGUGAUGGCCAAGGAGUGGCACUGACCCUCAAGCCAGAGCACAGGGUGGAAGAUGUUUUGUCUUUGGCAUGCAAGAUGAAACAGCUGGAGCCAAGACACUAUGGCCUACAACUCAGAAGACUGGUUGAUGAAAAUACUGAGUAUUGUGCUCCUGAACCGUACGAAUAUAUAGUAGACCAGGAAAGUGUGUAUGAUGAAAUAGAAAUUUGUCCAUUAGAUGUUUUUCAUGUCCAUCUUACAAAGACUGAAAACAUAAGCGAUUUUGGUUUUGCUGUCACGGCACAGGUUGAUGAAAACCAACAUCUCACCCGUAUAUUUGUAAGUGAUGUUCUCCCAGAUGGACUGGCAUACAAUGAAGGACUCCGAGUAGGCAAUGAAAUACUGAACAUAAAUGGAGAGGCUGUUUCCAAUCUUGACCUCAGGCAGAUGGAGUUACUGUUUUCAGAGAGAAACGUAAUGCUUACUCUGAGAGUGAACCAUUAUGGGACCCAGCAGCCUUUAUGUGCAUCCUGGUCAGACGGUGACAUUUCUAGGGACCCAAAGUGUUUGUUACCCCCUCCAAACCAGUCUCAGCUCCUGGAAGAGUUUCUAGAUAACUUCAGAAAGAACACAGCAAAUGAUUUUAGUAAUGUGCCUGAUGUCACAUCCCGCUUGAAAAGGAGCAGUACUGAUGGCACUCUGGACCAAGUGCCACACAGGGAGAAGACCGAUCCACCUUUCAGGAGCUCAGAACAGAUCAGUGCAUUGUGCCAAAACUUCCAAGAAGUCCAAGCAAGCGGUAUGGAAGGACAGAAGGACAACCAGGACCCACCAGCACGGCCACUGGCUCGCCACCUUUCUGACGCAGAUAGGUUGAGGAAAGUCAUCCAAGAACUUAUGGACACUGAGAAAUCUUAUGUCAAGGACUUGAGUUGCCUCUUUGAGCUAUACUUGGAGCCCCUUCAAAAUGAAACCUUUCUUACCCAGGAUGAGAUGGAGUCCUUGUUUGGCAGUCUGCCAGAAAUGCUGGAUUUCCAGAAGGUGUUUUUGGAGACCCUGGAAGAUGGAAUAUCUUCUUCCUCAGAUUUUAAUACACUGGAAACACCAUCCCAGUUCCGGAAAUUGCUGUUUUCCCUCGGAGGCUCCUUUCUGUAUUAUGCUGACCACUUUAAACUGUACAGUGGCUUCUGUGCAAACCACAUCAAAGUUCAGAAAGUUCUCGAGAGAGCAAAAACAGAUAGCGCCUUUAAGGCCUUUUUGGAUGCUCGAAAUCCCACAAAGCAACACUCUUCUACACUGGAGUCGUAUCUCAUAAAGCCUGUUCAGCGAGUGCUGAAAUACCCUCUGCUUUUAAAAGAGCUGGUGUCUCUGACAGAUAACGAGAGCGAGGAGCACUAUCAUUUGACAGAAGCGUUGAAGGCAAUGGAAAAAGUAGCAAGUCACAUCAAUGAGAUGCAGAAGAUAUAUGAAGAUUAUGGCACUGUAUUUGACCAACUGGUUGCAGAUCAAAGUGGAACAGAAAAGGAGGUUACAGAGCUUUCAAUGGGAGAACUUCUGAUGCACUCUACAGUUUCGUGGCUGAAUCCAUUCCCAUCGCUGGGCAAAGCAAGAAAAGACCUUGAACUUACAGUGUUUGUUUUUAAGAGGGCUGUUAUACUGGUGUAUAAAGAGAACUACAAACUGAAAAAGAAAAUGCCUACUAAUGUUCGUGCUGCACAUAAUUACGGUGACUUGGAUCCCUUUAAGUUUCGUUGGCUGAUUCCUUUAUCUGCUCUUCAAGUUCGACUGGGGAACACAGCAGGAACAGAGAACAGCUGUAUCUGGGAACUGAUUCACACAAAGUCAGAACUAGAAGGCAGACCAGAAACAAUUUUUCAGUUGUGCAGCAGUGACUGUGAGAACAAGACUAACAUCGUGAAGGUGAUCCGUUCUAUUUUGCGGGAGAAUUUCAGACGUCACAUAAAAUGUGAGCUACCAUUGGAGAAAACAUGUAGAGAUCGCCUUGUCCCACUCAAGAACCGUAUACCUGCAACAGCCAAGCUGGCUUCCACAAGGUCCCUGAAGGUACUGAAGAAUUCAUCCAGUAGCGAGUGGAAUGGUGAUGUGGGGAAAGGCACCUUCCAGGACUCUGAUGAGUGCAGCCUGAGCAGCAGUACUCAGAGCAGCAGCUGCCACACGGCUGAGAGCAUACAGGAGCCCAAAAAUUCAUCUCCCGAUAAACACGAACAGAGCUGUGCCUCUGACUUUUCUAAUGCUCUUGUCAAAGAAUCUGAUAUUCUCAGCGACGAUGAGGACGAUGAUGACUAUCAGAACCUAAAGAAGGGCAGCCCUACAAAAGACAUUGAAAUACAGUUCCAACGGCUGAAGAUUUCAGAGGAACCGAGUACCGACUCCGAACGGGAUCAGGUUGCUGAAAAUGAGGAAGGAGAUGGCUUUGGGACAGGACAGCAUCCAAAGUUGGUGCGUGGCCAUUUCUGCCCAGUGAAAAGAAAAGUAAAGAGCACAAAGCGUAACCGAGGAACAUUAAUGGUAAUGCAAGAACGUCACCAGUCCCUUGACAGUCACUCUGAUGCUGCAAACCUGGAUCUGAACUCCAUUUUAGAGAGAGAAUUUAGCGUCCAGAGUCUAACAUCUGUAGUUAAUGAGGACUGCUUUUAUGAAGCUGUGGAGAGGCAUGGGAAAUCCUAGCUUUCUAAGCACUAUUUAAAAAUAUUCAUUUGAAGUCCACAUAAAACUCAACAAACUUAUUUUGCUUUAAAACUAUUAAAUUCAUGGAAGCUGCAGGAAAACUACUAUCUGAUUUUGUGCACUAAGAUAUUUUUUCCACAAAAACAGCUGUAAAGGAUUCUUAAGUUAUUUUAAUUUAUUGUGGAUCAAAAAUAGAUUAAGUUGGCCAAGGUCUGUAAAUCAGUUCAUCCCUUUCAAGCAGUUGUUAAGAUGACGUAGUAUUCUUGGGGAGGGGAGUGGAAGGAUGGCUCAUUAGUAUCUGGAGUAAUGUGGAAAAGGUGCUAGUGAGUGGCAGAGGGGAUUACAGUGGAAAGUAGCAUUGCAAAAUGUAUUUUUCAAUACCUUGGGCAUUUUAUUUUUUUUGUUUUCAUUUUUGCUUUAUUUAAAGCAGAAUUAAGUUAUUUUAAUGUGUUUUAGUGCACAAUAGUGCAGAAAUUUCAUUUUUGUAAGUUUCAACAUGCUGUCUAUACAUAUAUAUGUAAAUAGGAAAAACAAAAAAAGCUUGGCCUGUAAUCUUUUGACUGUAUUUUUUAUUUUCUCUACCAGCCUGUACAGUAAAAGACAAGUAUUGUACUUAGACAUGUUUGCUACUUUUUAUCAUGCUGCUUUUCUCUAGUUGGAGCUUUAAAUCCCAAGUUCUUUACUUUUGCAUAAAUGAGAAGAGUAUUAGCAGAC